AUGCUUCUGCGCAGAUUAGUGGCUUGCGCCACACUUUUUGUCGGUGAAUUUGCCAAUGCUUCACCGCACCCUCGAGCGUCUGGGUCAUCAGAUCAAGGGCAGUCGGUUGCGCCCUCCCUUGAUCGGUGGUCAUCCGGGACUCACUUCGCCGUCGACUACUACCCGUCACACUGGCCGGAGGAAAUGUGGGAGUCGGACAUUGCUCAAAUGCGAGCUGCCAAUCUAUCCUAUGUACGGAUAAAUGAGUUCGACUGGUCCAUAUUAGAACCCGUUGAGGGGCAAUACGACUUCACCGUUCUCGAUAAGACUCUGGAGCUGCUUAGUCGAUACAACCUGAAGGCAAUCAUUGGAACGCCAACGGCUACUCCACCCAAUUGGCUUAGUGAGAAGUACGACAUCGACUUCGUGGACAAGUCCAACACCACCUUGAUCUUCGGGUCGCGUCGUGGGUACAGCACGUCCUCGACUGACUAUCGUCGACUGAGCCAAAAGAUUACGCGAAAGCUGGCAGAACGGUACGGCAACCACUCUGCCGUAGCGGGAUGGCAGCUGGACAAUGAAUUCGGAUGUCAUGGUACCGUGCAGAGCUACGACCAAAAUGCAAUCAGACGAUUUCGAUCAUGGCUGAAGAACAAGUACGGAACGAUCGAAAAUCUCAACGCUGCUCAGGGGCGCGUCUUUUGGUCGAAUCAAUACGUCAGCUUUGAUGUGAUCCAACCGCCGUUCCUGGAAGUCUACACCCCACAGCCAAUCCACGUUCUUGACUGGUAUCUAUUCAGCUCGGAUAUGACGAUCGAAUUUGCGCGAGGACAGUCAGAAAUUCUGAGACAGCUCGCGCCGAAACAUUUCAUCACCCAUAAUUUCAUGAUGGGCUUCACCGACUUCGACCACUACAAGUUCUCACGUGAGGUGGGACUUGACCUUUCAACAUUCGACCAAUAUGCUCUUGCUGGCCCUGACUCGUUCUCAUGGCUCUCUGAAGCCGAGCAGGCGAGAUAUCUGCGGACGGGGCUCCCGGAUUGGCAGGCCCUCCACCACGCUCUCUACCGUGGCGUCGCAGGCUCCGCAUACAACAAAACAGCCGGUCCGUUCGGCGUCAUGGAGAUGCAAACUGGGGUUCUGAACUGGAGCCCCUAUCGGGUGUCUCCGCUCAAAGGCAUGGUGCGACUCUGGACGCACGAGACCUUCGCUGAUCUAGGCGACCUGGUCUCAUAUUUCCGCUGGCGUCAGGUUCCGUUUGGACAGGAGCAGACUCUUUCCGGCCUGUUUACUUCAGACGAUUCCGCUGAUGAAGGAUUCCUGGAACUUCAGGCCGUGGUAGACGAAGACCUACCAAAGCUGGAAGACGCACUGCGCAGCGAUAAAGACCAGGAGCAACAAGCAGACGUGGCGCUUGUAUUCGACUACGUUUCCUCCCGAGUGUGGGCCAUCGAGCCAUACAGCGGAACCUGGAGCCCCAAGGACUCGAGCUACUCGGACCCAGCCGUCCAGUACAUGGAUCUUGUUUACAACUUCUAUUCCUCUCUCCGUCGUCUUGGCCUUUCGGUUGAUGUGAUUGGUCCUGAUCAGGCGAUUGACGGCUACAAACUCGUCGUUGUGCCCAGCUUACCUAUCAUUCCUGACGCUUUCAACAAGGCACUGGCUAGCUACCGUGGACCCGUCGUUUUCGGACCAAACACUGGUUCAAGAACGCCUGAAUUCAGCUACACUCCCGGUCUGAACCCCUCGGAAGGUCCGCUCCGUCGCCGCUUGCCGAUGAGAGUCACUCGCGUAGAGACACCGCCGGAUUACGCGGGUAGCGGCGUUGUUUACGGCGGAAAAACGUUCAAUAUCUCAGGCUGGGAGGAGUGGGUGUUCUGCGAGCGAGAGAACCGCACAAGUACCGCGACACUGAAGUAUAGCUCGCCACAUCGCCCAGGGAAACCAGCCGCCUGCUCCAGAAACGGAUUGCACUAUCUUGGCUUCAAUCCCUCCGUGGACCUCCUGAUUUCGUACCUGGGUGAUGUCGCCAAGGAAGCGAAUAUUACUGAUUUUGCGGGGAGGAAAGCCAGCAACAAGAAUGACCUCGGGGAUUCCUUGCGGUUUGCCAGAAGGGGUUCCUUGCUCUGGGGGUUCAACUACGGAUUGGAAGCCGUGAAGCUUCCUGAUAUCGAAGGUGCUGAAUUGUUAAUCGGUGGAAAGGACUUGGAGAUUCAGCCAGCUGAUAUUGCUGUUUGGAAGCUUGGCAGUGGAAAUGUGUAA